GUUUCUCAGCUCGCUCCGUAGGGAGAGAGAGAGACUGAGUGAGACUCCGGACAGGGGAAAGAGAAGCGGCAGCAAUCUCUGCACCCCCUCGAUACAUACACAACCUAUUCGCUGAUCUAUACGUAUGUCUUUCCAGUUCUAGGUCUUGACAAUGGAAAACGGUCGUCGUGUUCGUCAGAAAAUCAGCUCAGAAGAUGUUAUAUCGAAGCUGAAGGACGAUGGCGAUUUCGAUCGGCUCCGUCUCAAAAUCAUUCGCAAGAUCAAGGAUAACGAGGAGCUGCGUAUUGGCAUUAUCUCCACGGUGAAGCAAUCAGCUGCCCUUAAUCGUCCAGGAGCUGAGAAUAUGAAACUCCAUCAACUUUCUGAUGCCAUACAUCAAGAAGUUGGGGACAGAGCAAUGAGCCAAAUUUCUGACAGUUUGUGGGAAGUAAUUAGAUCCCAUGAUGGAAUGAAAAGUGAAAUUGCAGAAACGGUCCAGUCAGUUUACAAUAGAAUAUUGAACCCUGGAGGGAAUGACAAGGGAGGAUCAUCCUCAGUAAAUAGUUUGGUGCCAGUUCAGAAACAAGCUGACAAUACUACGUCUCAGACAGCUUCUCUGCGUGAAAUGGAGGAUAUGUCUGAAUGUGAGCCGAAAGAACCACCAGGUUUUUCUUUGUCCAAUCAUCAACAUAACGAUCAUGCGGAACAACCAAAGGGGGAGCCACAGUUACCUAUUCCUCAUGAUAAGAGAACCAUUGAAAAGCAAAGCAAAGAGCCAGACCACCCAGAAGAUGUUAUCAAGCCGGACAAUGACAAUGGUGGCCCACCUGGCUUUUCAGCAGGCGAGGAUUGUAGGCAAUCUUGUGCUGGUAGUGAUGAUGAUGAUCUCGAUGCGCCUCCAGGUUUUGGUUGAUGCAUAAUCGUACAACUUGUUUUGUCACUGUUGUGGAAAACUGUCAGUUUUGGGAGCUAUACGGUAAAGGGUCCACCCCAAGCUUGUGCAGGAUCUUGGCAAUGGGCUAGGAAUUCAAAUCUCUAUGUUUACAUUAGUUUGUGGUCUGAAGCUGUAAGUAGUGUUGGUAAGAAUUAUUUGGUAAGAGACUGAAUAUCUUGGAGCCUGUGUUUUCGACAAUUGGCAGAGCUUUGGAGAAUGAGAUUCAUAUAUUUUCUCUACAAAAUUAUCGUUAUUUACUCAAUGUGAUAAGAAGUUGCUCAAGCAGUUGCAUAUGUGAAGACCCUAUACUAAUGUGACUCUCUAUGAAUUGCUUACUGAGAAAGAAAUGACCUCUAUUAAGGUGUUAGAAGUUUCCA